AUUGCAAAAUUGAGAAGAAAUAAAUUUAUAUAUAUAUAGAGAGGGAGAUGGGGCUUGAGAGAUUGGAAUUUGGAGUUAUUGUUAGGAAACUUAUGGUGAAAUCAGUUAAAACAUGUUAUAGAUCGGUUCGGAAUCAUCCAUUUUUGGUUGGUUUGGUUUGCUUUUUGAUAUUUUUGUAUAGAUCAUUUCCUUUGUUGUUUUCUGUUUUGGUUACUGCAUCUCCUGUUUUGGUUUGCACUGCUGUUUUGCUUGGUACGCUUUUGAGUUUCGGGUCACCAAACAUACCUGAAAUCGAUGAAAAGGAAGAAGAAGAGAAAGUUAGUCAUGAGGUUUCAUCAUUGAAAACUAAGGUUACUGAGGAUGAUACGGUUGUUGAGAGAGAUGUUGGUGAUGAUCAUUUUGUUGUAGAAAGACAUGUAGGGAAGAGGUGGGAUAUAGUAGAGAAUGCGGAUGAGAAAGUUAGUUUGGUUGAUAAUGAGGUCAGUGAAGUUGAGGAGGAUGAUGGUUCUGUUCGUUAUAAGCCAUUGGUUGAUGAGGAUUUGGAUUCUAGGGAUAUUCAUUGUGAGAAUGGGGUGGUUGAUGAAGUGGAGGGAACAAUGAAUGAUACAUUGGUGAAGAAGAAGAGAGAAAUUCAGGAGGAGAUUCUAGGAAGUGAAGGUGUGUUGAGUGCAGGGAAGGCUGCAGAGGAUGGACAUCUUUUGGCAGAUGAAGUAGGAGAUAGAAAUCUUAAUGUGGCGAAUGGUAAACUCGCAGCAGAUUUCAGUGAUAUACUGAGGGGUGAUGAAUUGGAUGCUUCUCUGGUGUCAUCUUGGAAGCGUGUUGGGGAUGAUGAGGACGGUGAUGAUCGUGAUGAUGAUGAUGAUGAAUCUAUGGACUCUGGUUCCGAUGGUGCUGAGAGUUCCUCUCCUGAUGCUUCUAUGGCAGAUAUAAUUCCAAUGCUUGAUGAAUUGCAUCCGCUUUUGGGCUCAGAAGCUCCGCAGCCUGCUCAGAUGUCUCAUGAUGGUUCUGAUGCUGCCUCAGAGAGCUCUCAUGGUAGUAGUAAUGAUGAAAGUGUUGAGUCAGAUGAGUCAGAAAACCAGGGAGAAGAAGAUAAUGAUGAUGAGGAGGAGGAGGAUGAGGAUGAGGAAGAAGGAGCAAAGGGAGAUAAAGAGGAUGAGAGUAAAUCUGCAAUUAAAUGGACAGAGGAUGAUCAGAAGAAUCUCAUGGAUUUGGGGACUUCUGAGCUUGAAAGAAACCAACGAUUGGAGAAUCUUAUUGCAAGGAGAAGAGCCCGUAAAAACAUGAGAUUGAUGGCAGAGAAGAAUCUAAUAGACUUAGAUAGUGCUGAUAUUCCCUUAAACAUCGCACCAAUUUCUACAACAAGACGUAACCCAUUUGAUCUUCCUUAUGAUGCCCAUGAUGACCUAGGGUUACCUCCUAUUCCUGGGUCAGCUCCAUCCAUUUUGCAGCCAAGAAGAAACCCGUUUGAUCUUCCUUAUGACUCGAGCGAGGAAAAACCUGAUCUUAAAGGAGACAGUUUUCAAGAAGAGUUUUCAGGUUUUAAUCAAAGGGAAACAGUUUCCCAAAGGGAAGCCUUCUUUCGACGACACGAAAGCUUCAAUGUGGGACCAUCAUCUUUGGGUGUUCCUCGGCAAGAGCUUAAGUGGAAACCUUAUUUUGUGCCAGAGCGGUUAGUGACAGAAGGAGCUAGCCCUUCCUCAUUCCAGAGGCAGUCAAGUGAAGUUAGUGAGUCGAAGUUGAGUUCUGUUCCUGAUACUGAAUCAGUGAGUUCUAUUGUGGAUGAGGAGGACAACAAGCCAAAUGAGCAAGAUGUUUCUCAAGAAACUGAACUGAUCUUGAAUGGAGAUCAUGCUUCUGUCCGUGAUGAACAAGAGAGCCAAUCAUCUGCGGAUGUUGAUGAAGCUGAGGAUAGAGAUGUUCACCAUGAUGUGGUUGAGAUCACAUUGGGAGAUGGAGAAAGUCAGCUGGAAAUGGAAUCAAGUUUGUCUGAAGCUGGAGCAACUACUAAUGUGGAACUCAAUGCAAACGAAAUUUAUCCAAGAACAGAGCCGGUUGAGGAGGAUCACAGCAGUAGAGCAAGUUUGUCAUCAUUAUCAGAAAUAGAUGAAAAGAUAUCCGAUGUCAAAAGAGAAGGAUCUGCAGGUUUUGAACUCACGGAUCAUGACAUUAAAGAAUCUGGCAUUUCUACACAACCUUCAUUUGAGGAGUCAGAGCUCCAUUUUACAAGUAGGGUGGUGGAUGAUAUUCAACAUAGGGAGCCUGUUUAUGAUUCAAGUCCUUCAUCAGUUGAGAAGCUCCUCUCCUUUGUGUCAGUCUCAUCUGACACACAAGCUGAGAUAUCUGAAAUAGGUUCACCCUCAAUGUUGGUUGAGCCUACUGAUAAGGAACUUGAGGGGCAUGGUGAAACAACUGAGCGGGGCGCUUCUAGUUUUGAAGAGAUGCAUGCAGCAUCCUCAAAUUUGCUUAUUGAAAAUGAACCAAGGUCAAGGGAUCUGCCAGAGAUUAGUGAGCAUGAUGUUACGCAUGCUGGUUCAUCAGGGGUUUCUUCUGCUUCUGCUGAUCAUAAUGUAUCAAUGGUGGCUGAACCUGUGGUCGAGGUCGAACACGUUUCAACAGGUGCAGGGUCAUCAUCUUUGGACGAGGGAUUGCUGGAGGAUGUCCUAGUUAAGGAAGAAAGCUUUAAUCAGAAUCAAGUGGAGUUAUCAAGCCUUGGUGCUGAGACAACUCUUGGGGUUGACCAAGGUAUUAAUGAGGUGUUGGAUUCUUCACCAGAGGAACAACUGCAUCCAAUGCACCCUUACGAAUCUUCAGAGGCCGAACCUGUAGAUCAUCAUGCAGUUGAUAAAGAAGACACUCAGCUUGAGCAAGAUGAAAUUCAUUCAUCAAGUUCAUCAGAGGAUAACUUAGUAGAGGGCACUGUUAUGCCUAAGGAAGAAAUCAACCAGACUGAAUGUGAUCAAAUGUAUUCAUCAAACGCUGAUGCAAGUCUUGAUGUUGAUGGCGACCAUGACAAGGGCGAGGAGUUGUCUUCCUCAGCUUUAAGUUGCCAGCAUAUGCCUUCCAAUGAUGUAAGUUCAUCCACACCAGAGGAAUCAUCAGGUCAUGAAGUGGUGGCUCCAGUAGUUCACUCUUCAGAGGCUGAUGUCAUAGAGGAGGAUAAAAAGGAUCCUGAAAUGGAUCAAGUUCAAUCAUUAUGUUCUGGUUCUAAGAUUGAUACUGGUCUCGACCUUGAUAUGGAUGUGGAGGAAAUUCCUUCAGGCUCUAGUUAUCAAGACGUGCCUUCUAGAGAAAACUCUUCACCAGAAGCGGAGAAGCAGCUGUCUUGGUCUGAUAAAUCUUCAGAUGAACCACCCAUUGAUGUCCACGAUAAGCUUGAGGAACAAUCGAUCUUUGCAACUGAGUCUAGAGGGGGAGUAGACAUUGUCAACGAUGAUGUAAAUGUACAUGAAGUUCAUGAUUCGAAGGACAUCCUAUCAACAAAUUUCUCUUCCAUAACUUCAGAGCCGACUUCUUUUCCUGUUGAAAGUCCUGAACAUACGUUGCCAAUCAAUCGAGAAGAUUUGAAAUACAAGAUCCUAAACGAAAUUGAAAGUGAGGGCCCCAAAGAGGCAUCAGAACACUUUAAUUAUGCAGCAGAAGUAUAUGCCACUCAUGUUGAUGAUGAAAAUAUCAGUGAAGAGGUUGAUGAGAUUAAAGAGAUUGAUGAAGGAAUACUUUCAGAAUUGGAUACAGUUGGGGACUUUAAUGUCAAGGAAAUUGGUUUACCAGAGUUAUCUCAUGUUGGCUAUGGUGAAUCUGCCAUGUUACCAGAAGAUAUAAAGACUGAGACCAAUGUGGAGCUGCCUGUUCUUGAAGCCAGAUCAGUGGAAGAUAUUGAUUUGGCUUUUAAGCAACUUCAUGAUGGAGUAGAUGUUGUGAAAGUCAUUCUUCCAAGUAUGAUUGAUAAUCAGCAGGAUCCCGCAGAUACCAAUUCAAAGUUACCUGUUGUCGAUGCAAGAUCUCUGGAGGAUAUACACAGUGCUUUACAACAAGUCCCAGAAUCUAAUCCAACUGAGCUGCCACACUCAUUGGACUUAGGGAAUGGAUCAUCAGAAGUAGAGGGGCAUGAUGUGGUUUCUACUAAAGAGAUUGAAGUUAGCAAUGUAGUAUCUGGUAUUCAAGAAAGCAGUGAUAGUGCUGCUGGUGAAGCAAAAAAUGAAUAUGAAGAAGCCUCUGAAAAAUCAAGUCUGAGCAUAUCCGACCAUAAAGGUAAGAAGGCAAAAUCUCAUGACUCAAGUUCUAGUUCCAGCUCAAGCUCCAGUGAUUCUGAAUGACAGCAAUGAAACAUAGUCCAGAAAGAAAGUAAAGUAGAGAGUUUGGCUGUUUGAGUUUUCUUCUAUGGUUCUUUUUCUCCCCCUCCUUUGCAGAGUUGAGUUUUUGGGUUUUCUAGUUUGGUUACCAUCAUGUUUUUGAUUAAUGGUAGUCACGUUCUGUUGAGUUUUUGAUUGAUUGAUUUGAUUUCUUCAAGAAUGACCUUUGGUUUGAUUUCUUGAAGUUUGAUUUCAUUUUUUUCUUCUUUUUUGGUUUUUUCUGCCUUUCAAGUGAGGCAAUUUGAAGUUUUCGAUUGAUUUUUGUCCUUGAAUAUUUUGUAAAUUAUAUUUUGGUUGUAGAAGAGAUGAAGUGUUCAAUUCUAAUAUAUUUGUGCAUUUGUUUUCA